UCACUCGCAAAGAAACCAAAAGCAUACCACAGUCGAGGCUUUCAAUUAUCUCCAAUAUCCUAAAAAAUAAUGGCCGAGAACGAGAUCAUGUAUGUCUGCAAACGAACAGUUGUCAGCACCAAACCGGUCCAACCGGGAAAGCACCAUUCCUUAUCAGUCUUGGAUCGCCAUAUGGAGAAAAACCACCUUAGAGUAGUGUGCUACUACAGAUGGCCUAGGGGUCAGGAAAAGGCUGGAGAGAUCACCAAAAGGCUCAGAGAGUCCCUAUCCGAAGUGCUUACGCAUUUUCCGAUCAUGACUGGAAGGUUAAUCCAAAAUGACAAAGGGCAUUGGAUGAUCAAGUGUAAUGAUGCCGGAGUGAGGAUGGUGGAAGCAAGGGCCAAAGGGAGCGUGGAGGAUUGGCUUCGAAGUAUUGAUAGGGGAAGGGAGAUGAUGCUUGUGCAUUGGGAAGACAUGUACUACAAGCCUUACUUUUGGUCUACAUUUUAUGUUCAGGUUACAGAAUUUGACGAAGGUGGACUAGCUAUCGGUCUGAGCUGCAUUCAUCUCCUGGCGGAUCCCACCUGUGCUACCAUGUUCAUCAAGGCUUGGGCUGACACAACUUUGCCACGAAAAAUGCUUGCUCCUCCUUUCUUCGACCCACUGCCUCCUCGAAGACCUAGUAACAGAAUACCCAACCACAAGCCUUACACUGCCUUGAUUGACCACUACAACUUCUCCCUUCACAAUUCCAAUCCAUCCACUGACGGAAAACACACAACCAUAACCCUAGCAUUUUCCGACCAUAUGGUCCAAGCCUGCAUGGAUAUGACCCAGUCCACUGCUGCACCCAACAAGCCCAGUCCAUCCCCCUUUGAGGCCCUAGCUGGGCUUUUCUGGGUCUGUAUCAGCAAGGUGAAAAGUUUGAGAAAUGGGCUACUAAACAUGUCCAUUUGUUUGGACGCAAGGAAAGUUCUGGGCUUACACAAAGCGUUUUUUGGGAACUGCAUGAUCUAUAAUAAGGUCCAUUCGGAUGGUUUGGAAGAACACGAACUGUCACAAGCUGUUAGAGCUGUAGGAGAAGCGGUGGCAAAAAUGGACAGUGAGGGGAUAAUGGAUUUAAUCGAGUGGCUUGAACAAAAUGAAAGCCCAACACCUCCAUUGAUGAAUAGCUGUGAUCUGAUUUGUGCUAAUUUAGAGGUUGUGCACAUACAUUCCACCGAAUUUAUUGAAAAGCUUCGACCAAUUCAGGUUUCUUAUUAUGUUGAGCCAGUGUUUGGAAUGGGACAGGUUUUGAUUUUUCCGGCUCCGCCAGGUGAGGGUUCAUUGGGCAGGGUGGCUAUGGUUACACUUCCUGAGGAUGAGGUGAUCAAACUGUGUGAAGACGAACUGCUUUUGCAAUUCUCUCCUACAAUUCUGAUGGGAGUGAAUAAAACUCAUGCUUGAUAAUGGUUUUGGAUUUAGUGCCAACAAUUUCUUUCUGCAGGUGGCUAUUGAUGAAAUACCAUUUUAUAAUAAUGAAACAAAAUAUAUCUAUAGUAUGCUGUAGGAAAAGGACAUGCCCGAGCCUGCAAUUUAUUUGUGAAUGGAUCUAGUACUAAUCCCGUGUCGUUCGUCCAUGGCAACCACACGACCUAGGCAAGUACCGUCGUCAAUGUUGCACCUGUUGUUUCUUUAUGAUACAUGCAUGUUGUAGACACUCAUGUUGAGCAGUGAAAGCUAUGAAAGUCCAUCGAAAACAUCAUGGGCA